ACUCCGCUACUACAUUUCCCACAACUCACUCGGUCCAGGAAGUGACGUCAGGAAGCGUCCAUCAGAACGCCGGCUUCCCGCGUGCAGCGUGUUGCUGUUUGUUUGUAGCGGAGCCAACAUGGCGGCGCCUCUGGAGGUGAUAGUGAGCUGCGACUCCGGCUCGCAGCUGUGGAACAGCACCGUGUUCGACCCGCACAGCGGCUCCAGCCUGCUGUCCUACCGGGGAGGGAACAGCUCCGCCCGGACACUCUGCGUCCUCAACGGGGAGUACAUGCUGUCCGCCCAGCUCGGCAAGAACUUCAUCAACGUGUGGGAGAUCCAGAGGAAGGAUCAGCUGCAGCAGAAGAUCGUGUGUCCAGGUGUGGUCACCUGUCUGACCGCCUCACCUGACGGUCUCUUCCUGGCUGCAGGCGUCGCCGAGGCUGUUUACCUGUGGGAGGUGUCCACAGGUAAGCUGCUGUCUGUCCUCAGUCGUCACUAUCAGGACGUCACCUGUCUGAAGUUCACAGAUGACAGCAGCCAUUUUGUGUCUGGAGGAAAAGACAACCUGGCUCUGGUGUGGAGUCUGUGCAGUGUGAUCCAGCUGGAUUUAAACCACACCCCUGAGCCACGUCACAUCCUGUCCCGUCAUUCUCUACCAAUCACAGACCUGCACUGUGGCCUGAUGGGAGCUCAGGCCAGAGUCGCCACCGCCUCCUUAGACCAAACUGUCAAGCUGUGGGAGCUGUCCUCAGGUGAGAUGCUCCUGUCUGUCCUCUUUGAUGUGGAGAUCAUGUCCGUGACCUUUGACCCCUGCGAGUACUUCCUGUUCUGUGGCGGCAGUGACGGCAACAUUUUCCAGGUGUCUCUGUGCAGCCAGAGUCUCAGCCGGGACAAAUCCUUCCAGUCUGACAACGAUGGAAACCAAGUGUUCAAAGGACACAGGAACCUGGUGACCUGCCUGUCGGUGUCGAUGGAUGGGACUCUCCUCCUCUCGGGUUCCCACGAUGAGACGGUUCGACUUUGGGACAUCCAAAGCAAACAGAGCAUCCGCUGCCUUUCCCACAAAGGGAAGCCUCCUCUGACCUUGGUAACCAUGGAGAUGCUGAUAUACCCUCUAUCAGAGAGGUUUCUGCCUUCCCCAAAACACCGACAGCUGAAGUCUCAAGGAGAAGAUAUCUUCAUAUCUGAUGAAGAAUCACAAUGUGACCUCAAAGCCAAGCUUGACCCGAUGUGACCCGAUCUGACACCUCUAAAGAUGGAAAACUCCAUGACAACGACCUGUCGCUGAACUGCUGACGGAGGCAUUUUCAUUAUUUUAACUUUAGCAGCGCAGAGUCACAACAGCCAACAGUGACUUUAGUUUAACCUUCUGCCAGUUGCCAUGGUUACACGUACACACGACAGAUAACCUGGUUAGUUUCUCAGGAGGGACACUGAAGUGAGGAGAGCAAGAAAAGUCCCCACAAGAUACUGAAGGAGAGAACGGUGUGUGUGUGUGUGUGUGUGUGUGUGUGUGUGUGUGU